CGCAGCCGGUGUCCUGAAAGACUAUAUCAGACACCCACACCGCUAACUUCACUAUCACACGCCACCCUGCCAAACCCACACGUACACCCACUCGCCAGCAUGCAGUGGGCCGCGCCUCUCGCCGUGGCCGUAGCCGCGCUCUGUUUCGCCUCAGUUCAGGCUGCGUGUCCUAAUGGAUUCACUUCCAUAGAUGAUGUUUCCGAAGGCACCAGUACAUGCAUACGUUUAGUUCAGAGCAAGAGCACAUGGCAAGGUGCAAAAGCUAUGUGUGAAAUGUUUGGUGCAUCACUGGCUAAGCUGACGGGAGACUUCCAUCAGGCGGCGAUAGAGGAGAUCAGAAAGUUCCCGGAACUCACCGACGAAGCUUUCUGGAUCGGAGGAAGUGACGAAAAGAGUGAGGGCAGUUGGUAUUGGCUUGACGAUGAUCCGAUCCCCCUGGGCACACCCCACUGGUACCCGUGCAAUAAUCAACCCAAUCACGGCACAGAUCAGAACCACCUCUGUCUCUACACACCAGAUUUCUUCUACCACAGUCUCGAGCAACAAAGGCAGAUAUAUUCCAUCUGUCAAACAGAUACCAUCUAGUAAGGAUGAAGUCUAGAGUGGGAGCUUCACACUCUGCACCACGCCUCGUGUUGCAGGGGCCCUAUCCAUUCUAGGGACAAGCAAUCGAUUGGCUGAUUGAUGGAUUGAAUGUGUAUUGUAAAUGUAUAACAGAGAAUGAGGACUAAGUCUGCCAGCCACUUCAGAAAGCAAAUAUUCAUUCUAACAUUACAUAAUGUUGUAGAAGUCAGUACUGGUGCAUAUUCUGAAGUUGACAUUGAGAAAUUUAAAACAAAAGUUAACACCAUCCAGUCAGCUAGUUCAGCAUUGCCCUAAUUGUUGUUAUAUUUAUGUUCUAACCUCUUAUUUUAGUUUAUUUUUCAUACCCAUGUUUGCUCGUUGGGAGACUCCACUUGGGUGUAAACCAAUUUUGUGAUUUUCCCUUGAUGCCAUUUCAAAGAUUUUUAUGAUAAUAAUGAUAAUAUACAUACUUCAUAACCAUUAUAACGGUGACUCAUGUCCUUCAACCAUAUCCGAAUAUAAAAAAAAAAAAAAAGCGAGAUCUUGAGAUGCUGAUCCUUUUUUGUCCUCGCGCUACAUUGCCGUCAUUUCUAUUCUCCCUGCUGCCAUAUUGCCUAAUUUUCCGGUGCGUAUAGACGUGGUUAAAAGUCGAAGAACAUUCUGGACUCACUUCUACUGUGUUUAACAAUUAAUCUCAACCUUUAAUCAUGUGGUAUACUAACAAACUCUCUACAAAACCAGGGAACCGACAGACUGUCAGUUUAUCAGAAGACUUGCGACUAAAAACCAUUGAAGGCAAUGCAUAUCAAUACAGAAUUCAAUUGACUUUUGUCCAUGACUAUAAAUGAAUGACUUGAGAGAGUAAAACAGCUUUCACCUUGCAGAAGUGACUCACAUGACUGUUCAGAAUUCAGUACGGUAGGUCUCCACUUUUCAGCAGCUGUGAGCAAUAGUACAUUCAGUUUUGCACCUCCAUGAGAUCAUACACGGCAAUUCCAAUGCGACUGGCCUGUAUGCCUCUGUGUCUGAUUCUACCACUUUCCAACAUUCCAUUACCAAUCAACUGCUGCGGUGUAAUGUAUGUGGCAUGAAUAAGAUUUACCAGCAGCAUUUGUGAGAGGCAACAGUCUACCUUAAGACAAAUGACAAAAGGACACAUUCCACUGCCUGCAUAAUUUGUUUCAUUUGUUUUAAACCAUGGAAAGAUCUUUGUUUUCUUAAAUGAUGCUAAGAUGUAAAUUGUAAAAAUACAUAAUUUUAUAUGACUACACGGGAGGAGGAAGGGAAAGACAUCUGGAUCUGUUAGACACAACAAGGGAGCGUCAUUUAAGAUAGUUUGGGAACCAUUGAUCUAGACCAUUUACUUUCCUCUUCAUGAAGACGUCAGAGGUCGUGUCCUAGUCAGUGAUGGUUGAUACAUCUUUUCUGGUUACACAGGAAAGCUUUCUUAAUAGUCACUGCCAAUGUCCUCAAACUGGUGUCCUCAGCUGUGUACCUGGCAGAGAUACAUUAAGUAUAUAUAUGUCACACACUAAGAAUCUUUUAGAAACCCUAUGUGGUUGGCAGACAAGACUACUACAUGAGAUUGGCUUACAAUAAUAAAAGGAACACUGUAUCGGCUAACAAGGCUAUUAGGAGCUCUGCAACGGCUCACAAGACCACCAGGAAUCUUGUGAUAAUUGAAAAGGCCUUCAAGAUUGAUUGGCUUACAAGGCUACUGGGAACACUGUAAUGGCUGACAAAGUUACAAAAAACAAUCUAAUGGGUAAUAAAGCAAUUAGGAGC